AUGCAGAGGGCUAUGGGGGGUAUGGAUGACCCUCCUAUGAUGGGCAGGGGCUCUGCCCCUCCUUCCCCAUCGAGGAAAGACCCUGGCAAAGAUGGCAAGAAGCCCAAUCUACUGAUUAAGCAGCAGAGCAUCUCCGACAAAGGCUUAACCCCUCCAACCACGCCCAAACAGAAAUCCCCAGGCCCAUCUUCCCCGAAAGGCAGCCCCCAGCCCUCCCCGGCCAAAGGUAAACAGGAGUCCAGCUUCUUCGGGGGCCUGGGUGGCAUCAGCCUAGGGGGCCUCACCGACGUGGCCAAGCCUCCAGCCGCUGCCUCCCAGGCGGCCGAGUCCAUCACAGGAACAAUGUUCAGCGGCUUUGGUGGGUUCACCGGAUCAGCCAAACCUGAUCGGGCCAAAGCCGCCGCUGGUCCCCAAAGAACAGCAGAGUCGGUGACAGGAAAGAUGUUCAGCGGGUUCGGUGGUUUUACAGAGACAGCCAAGCCCCCGGCGGCUGCCUCCCAGAUGUUCGGGUUUGGCUCAUCCAUCUUGAGCUCUGCCACCAACCUCAUGACCACCGACUCUGUGGACUCUGUGGAUGAGAAAGCUGGUUCUCCUGCUGAUUCUCCUGCCGGUUCUCCUGUAGGCUCUCCCCCAGACUCCCCCUUCUCCACCCCCGGUUCUCCCCCCGGUUCUCCCCCGGACUCCCCCUUCUCCGCUCCUGGGUCUCCCCCCGACUCAGACAGCCCUGACACCCCGCCCGCCUCCAAGAAGGCCCCCAAACGCGCCACCUCCCUACUGAAGGACCAGAAGUCCAUAGAAGCAGAGCCCUCCGCGGAGCCUCUGAAAGCGGGGGAGCCGCCUACUUCGGCCCCAGGCUCGGGGGCCCAGGGAAACUGCCCUCUGUGUAAGGUGGAGCUGAACAUUGGAUCAGCCGACACGCCUAACUACAGCAACUGCACCGAGUGCAAGAAGAGUGUGUGUAACCAGUGUGGCUUCAACCCCACACCUCAUCUUGCUGAGGUGAGACCAGUACAGCUUUCAGUACUGCUAAUAUAUAUAUAUAUAUAUAUAUAUAUAAUAUAAACAGUUCUGCUGAAAGGUACACAAACCAUACACGGAUUUCAGCGGUUUCCAAGGUUACAGUAUGUGGGUUAGAGCUGCAGACUUUUGCACACUCCAUGUUGUUCAGUCCCUCACUGGCUAUAUAAAAACCACGUCUGCAGUAAAUGUGGUUUCUAUAUCUUCUAAUUGUAAUCAGGACACAAAUAUUGACAGCAUGUUUAAAGGUACCCCUCUUACCAUAAGUGAACCUGAACCUUAGUCACGGUCUUGGUUGUUAUGACUGCUGCACGUGUUUGACCUUUGAGGGAGUGGUUGAUGCGUUUAGCCUUCCCUAGCCUCCUAGCCGCACUGUAGUCUAUCUCUAAGCCAUUGUGGGACUAGGUUAAUAAGGCUAAAUGAAUGCCAUUUAAAUGGCCAUCUCAUUUACACUUUAAAAGGCUGCCAUUUGACUCUGUAAUCUAAGAGAGGGGUGUGUGUGUGUGUGUGUGUGUGUGUGUAGAUGUGUGUGUGCGGUAAUAGGAACCAAAUACUCUUUGAAUGCUCAUCUUCCUAGGGGGUUAUAUAGUGUUAUUACUAGCAUGUCCCAUUGACGCUCAAUUAACAUACAUCCCUUACAUUCAGUUCCCAAGAACAGAUGGUUUAUGGGGUCAUCAAAUUAUAUUAACAGAAGCACUGCACAGAAUUUCAUACGGUUCAGCGAAUCAAAGCACACUGUGAAACAGUAUUCUGAUGGGAAAAUACAGCAGUAGCCUACUUAGUGCAUAUCUACUGUGUAACUGCUGUAUAUUUUGGUUGACAUGUCAAUUGGGUGUAAAAAGGGUAGAGUUGGUUUCUCAAUUAUAAUAGCAAGUUUGGUUGAACUGUGACUAGAUUGUGUUUGUCAUCGGCCAUGUCUGGCUAGGCUUAGGAGCUACUCACAGUGUAAGAUGUUCAACCUUGAGUGAAAACAGUGAAAGCGUUGAAAGCAGGUAUAGUUGAGCUCACACGAUGGCAGGUUUGGCGUAGCUUCACAUGCUAGCUUCACUAUGCUUGUUGGUAGUUUAGCGUUUAGCGGCGUAGCGCGUGGCCAGUUCCCUUAGUAAUCAUGCUACUGGUCUAUUUAAGGUUUUCCGAGGAGAUUAGGCAGAGCAUGUCUAACUCCUUGUCACAUGGUGAGAACCAUGACUUCCCCACCCCGCCCCACAAGAUGGCCGCCACUCCAUUAUGUAAUGACGUCACUGAAGAGGCUCUACAUUUUCUCAUGUAGUUCAUAAUUUCCGUUUUUUUACAUUAUUGUAUGUAGAAACACAUACACUGUGAUGUCAUACAGUACUUCAAAAGACAGUUAAAAUAGAGGUAAAACACACAUCAUAGAGCCUCAUGUAUCUUUGGUUUGGCUCAGACGGCUAGUUACUACAGUACUACUAUAUACCCUAAGGUUGUUAUUAGUGUAAGUACCUCAUUACUACACAGGUGUAACUUACUUGACUUAUUAAUUUUAGCUCCUAGAGGAGCAAAGGCCCUCAGGUUACUACCUCUGGACUACACAGGUCAACUCAAUAUAAAAUGCUACCAAUAUCAUAGACUGGUAUGUAUCUCUGUGUUGUCAUACUGGCCCAUCUUUGGCAUUAAUGAGGAGCAGCAUAUUCCUCGAAUGAAGUCCAAGCCACGGGGAAAUCUGUAAUUACAUUGGAGAGCUCAGCAUCGUAGGUGAUUAUGUUCUUAGAUGGCCUAAUGAGCCAAAGAUUAGGUGUCUCUGGACCAGUGUGUCUUAACACUCCAACCGAUAGACUUGUUUUGCUCAAAAUCAGGGUUGUGUUCAUUAGGCAUCAAACUGAAGAAAAAUGACUGAAACGGUGAGGGACUAGCUGGACUUGUCCAAUAAGAAAUGCUCAUUUUCAUUUCCAAUGCAAAACGCUUUGCGACAGUGUGCAUUAAUGAAUACAACCCAGGUGCAGAGUACAACUGACAGAGAUGAAAUACCACCAUGUUUCAGGGACGAUGUAAAUUCCUCUUUACUCAGUCGAUUCAGAGAAUGAAUAGGACAUUCUGAUCAUGAAUUGAAAAGGUUCACUGAAAAACGUACUAAUUAAAAAAGUCCUAAUUUCCAAAUGUAUGUGUUGAAUUUAGAUCCCGAACUUGAUUUUAACUGAGCUGAAAUUCAAUUCAACCCAACUAGACACGCAUCUAAUCUAAUCCAUUCAAUGAUGCUUCAUGCAGAAACUGAACUUGUGGUGAUUGAUGGAGAGCUAUGUAGAGCCCUGAGUCCUUUGUGAUGAAGAGGAAUAGAUAGAGAAUGUGAGUCAUUGGUCUAGGACAGGGCAUGGUGCUGGAUGGCCAUUUGAACGAGGCUGCUACUGCCUCGGCCUACCUACCUCAAUACACUGACUCAUCCACCCCUUUCUCUGCUUCGUCAGCGAACAUGCCUCUGUCACUCUCCAAAACACUUGCUUCGAGCUGAGAAUUUGUUUGUGUGUAUUUGUGUGUGUGUGUUUAGGGGGUUGUGUGUAUGUGUGGGGGUUGGUACAUGCAUUACAUUAUGUCUGAAGGAGCAUUUAUCUGUGUGUUUGUUGGUGUGUGUGUGUGUGUGUGUGUGUGUGUGUGUGUGUGUGUGUGUGUGUGUGUGUGAGUGUGUGUGUGUAGGCAUGCUAUAGAAAAGGUAAUCUCUGCUUCCUAAAAGGAUUUAAAGGGCAUCAGGAAGCCUAUCGUUUCUCCUGAGGCUUUAUCCCAGUCAGAAGAGGUGUCCCUUAACCUUCCUCAAAAUGUGCCUCUCUCUUUCUCUCUCUCUCUCUCUCUCUCUCGCUCUCUCCCCCCUCUCUCUGCCCUCUCUCUCUCUCCCCCCUCUCUCUUCCUCUCUCUCCACCCCUCUCUCUCUCUCUCUCUCUCUCUCUCUCUCUCUCUCCCUCUCUCUCUCUCCCGCCCUCUCUCUCCCCUCUUGCUCUCUCUCUCUCUCUCUCUCUCUCUCUCUCUCUCUCUCUCUCUCGCUCUCUCUCCCCUCUCUCUCUCUCUCUCUUCCUCUCUCUCUCGACCCCCUCUCAAUUCAAUUCAAUUUCAAUUAACAUUGCCAAAGAAAGUGAAGUAGAUAGUAAACAAAAGUUAAAUAAACAAUAAAUAUUAACAGUAAACAUUACACUCAGAAGUUCCAAAAGAAUAAAGACAUUUCAAAUGUCAUAUUAUGUAUAUAUACAGUGUUGUAACAAUGUGCAAAUAGUUAAAGUACAGAUGGGAAAAUAAAUAAACAUAAAUAUGGGUUGUAUUUACAAUGGUGUUUGUUCUUCACUGGUUGCCCUUUUCUUGUGGCAACAGGUCACACAUAUUGCAGCUGUGAUGGCACACUGUGGUUUUUCACCCAGUAGAUAAAGGAGUUUAUCAAAAUUGGGUUUGUUUUCGAAUUCUUUGUGGAUCUCUGUAAUCUGAGGGAAAUAUGUGUCUCUAAUAUAGUCAUACAUUUGGCAGGAGGUUAGGAAGUGCAGCUCAGUUUCCACCUCAUUUUGUGGGCAGUGUGCACAUAGCCUGUCUUCUCUUGAGAGCCAGGUCUGCCUACGGCGGCCUUUCUCAAUAGCAAGGCUAUGCUCACUGAGUCUGUACAUAGUCAAAGCUUUCCUUAAGUUUGGGUCAGUCACAGUGAUCAGGUAUUCUGCCACUGUGUACUCUCUGUUUAGGGCCAAAUAGCAUUCUAGUUUGCUCUGUUUUUUUGUUUGUUCUUUCCAAUGUGUCAAGUAAUUCUCUUUUUGUUUUCUCAUGAUUUGGUUAGGUCUAAUUGUGUUGCUGUCCUGUGGCUCUGUGGGGUCUGUUUGUGUUUGUGAACAGAGCCCCAGGACCAUCUUACUUAGGGGACUCUUCUCCAAGUUCAUCUCUCUGUAGGUGAUGGCUUUGUUAUGGAAGGUUUGGGAAUCGCUUCCUUUUAAGUGGUUAUAGAAUUUAAUGGCUCUUUUCUGGAUUUUGAUAAUUAGUGGGUAUUGGCCUAAUUCUGCUCUGCAUUCAUUAUAUGGUGUUUUACGUUGUACACUGAGGAUGUUUUUGCAGAAUUCUGCAUGCAAAGUCUCAAUUUGGUGUUUGUCCCAUUUUGUGAAUUCUUGGUUGGUGAGCGGACCCCAGACCUCACAACCAUAAAGGGCAAUGGGUUCUAUAACUGAUUCAAGUAUUUUUAGCCAGAUCCUAAUUGGUAUGUCAAAAUUUAUGUUGCUUUUGAUGGCAUAGAAGGCCCUUCUUGCCUUGUCUCUCAGAUCGUUCACAGCUUUGUGGAAGUUACCUGUGGCGCUGAUGUUUAGGCAGAGGUAUGUAUAGUUUUUUGUGUGCUCUAGGGCAACGGUGUCUAGAUGGAAUUUGUAUUUGUGGUCCUGGCAACUGGACCUUUUUUGGAACACCAUUAUUUUUGUCUUACUGAGAUUUACUGUCAGGGCCCAGGUCUGACAGAAUCUGUGCAGAAGAUCUAGGUGCUGCUGUAGGCCCUCCUUGGUUGGUGACAGAAGCACCAGAUCAUCAGCAAACAGGCCGGGUGCUGCAGACUGUUCUAGUGCCUCACCAAUUCGUUGAUAUACAGUGGGGAGAACAAGUAUUUGAUACCCUGCCGAUUUUGCAGGUUUUCCUACUUACAAAGCAUGUAGAGGUCUGUAAUUUUUAUCAUAGGUACACUUCAACUGUGAGAGACAGAAUCAAAAAUCCAGAAAAUCUCAUUGUAUGAUUUUUAAGUAAUUAAUUUGCAUUUUAUUGCAUGACAUAAGUAUUUGAUCACCUACCAACCAGUAAGGAUUCCGGCUCUCAUAGACCUGUUAGUUUUUCUUUAAGAAGCCCUCCUGUUCUCCACUCAUUACCUGUAUUAACUGCACCUGUUUGAACUCGUUACCUGUAUAAAAGACACCUGUCCACACACUCAAUCAAACAGACUCCAACCGCUCCACAAUUGCCAAGACCAGAGAGCUGUGUAAGGACAUCAGGGAUAAAAUUGUAGACCUGCACAAGGCUGGGAUGGGCUACAGGACAAUAGGCAAGCAGCUUGGUGAGAAUGCAACAACUGUUGGUGCAAUUAUUAGAAAAUGGAAGAAGUUCAAGAUGACGGUCAAUCACCCUCGGUCUGGGGCUCCAUGCAAGAUCUCACCUCGUGGGGCAUCACUGAUCAUGAGGAAGGUGAGGGAUCAGCCCAGAACUACAUGGCAGGACCUGGUCAAUGACCUGAAGAGAGCUGGGACCACAGUCUCAAAGAAAACCAUUAGUAACACACUACGCCGUCAUGGAUUAAAAUCCUGCAGUGCACGCAAGGUCCCCCUGCUCAAGCCAGCGCAUGUCCAGGCCCAUCUGAAGUUUGCCAAUGACCAUCUGGAUGAUCCACAGGAGGAAUGGGAGAAGGUCAUGUGGUCUGAUGAGACAAAAAUAUAGCUUUUUGGUCUAAACUCCACUCGCCGUGUUUGGAGGAAGAAGAAGGAUGAGUACAACCCCAAGAACACCAUCCCAACCGUGAAGCAUGGAGGUGGAAACAUCAUUCUUUGGGGAUGCUUUUCUGCAAAGGGGACAGGACGACUGCACCGUAUUGAGGGGAGGAUGGAUGGGGCCAUGUAUCGCGAGAUCUUGGCCAACAACCUCCUUCCCUCUGUAAGAGCAUUGAAGAUGGGUCGUGGCUGGGUCUUCCAGCAUGACAACGACCCGAAACACACAGCCAGGGCAACUAAGGAGUGGCUCCAUAAGAAGCAUCUCAAGGUCCUGGAGUGGCCUAGCCAGUCUCCAGACCUGAACCCAAUAGAAAAUCUUUGGAGGGAGCUGAAAGUCCAUAUUGCCCAGCGACAGCCCCGAAACCUGAAGGAUCUGGAGAAGGUCUGUAUGGAGGAGUGGGCCAAAAUCCCUGCUGCAGUGUGUGCAAACCUGAUCAAGACCUACAGGAAACGUAUGAUCUCUGUAAUUGCAAACAAAGGUUUCUGUACCAAAUAUUAAGUUCUGCUUUUCUGAUGUAUCAAAUACUUAUGUCAUGCAAUAAAAUGCAAAUUAAUUACUUAAAAAUCAUACAAUGUGAUUUUCUGGAUUUUUGUUUUAGAUUCCGUCUCUCACAGUUGAAGUGUACCUAUGAUAAAAAUUACAGACCUCUACAUGCUUUGUAAGUAGGAAAACCUGCAAAAUCGGCAGUGUAUCAAAUACUUGUUCUCCCCACUGUAUAUGUUGAAGAGGGUAGGUCUAAAACUGCAUCCCUGUCUCACCCCACGGCCCUGUGGAAAGAAAUGUGUGUGUUUUUUGCCAAUUUUAACCGCUUGUGUACAUGGAUUUUAUAAUGUCGUAUGUUUUUCCCCCAACCCCACUUUCCAUCAAUUUUUAUAGCAGACCCUCAUGCCAAAUUGAGUCAAACGCUUUUUUGAAAUCAACAAAGCACGAGAAGACUUUGCCUUUGUUUUGGUUUGUUUGUUUGUCAAUUAGGGUGUGCAGGGUGAAUACGUGGUCUGUCGUACGGUAAUUUGGUAAAAUGCCAAUUUGACAUUUGCUCAGUACAUUGUUAUCACUGAGGAAAUGAACUAGUCUGCUGUUAAUGAUAAUGCCGAGGAUUUUCCCAAGGUUGCUGUUGACGCAUAUCCCACGGUAGUUAUUGGGGUCAAAUUUGUCUCCACUUUUGUGGAUUGGGGUGAUCAGUCCUUGGUUCCAAAUAUUGGGGAAGAUGCCAGAGCUAAGGAUGAUGUUAAAGAGUUUAAGUAUAGCUAAUUGAAAUUUGUGGUCUGUAUAUUUAAUCAUUUCAUUGAGGAUACCAUCAACACCACAGGCCUUUUUGGGUUGGAGGGUUUGUAUUUUGUCCUGUAGUUCAUUCAAUGUAAUUGGAGAAUCCAGUGGGUUCUGGUAGUCUUUAAUAGUUGAUUCUAAGAUUUGCAUUUGAUCAUGUAUAUUUUUUUGCUGUUUGUUCUGUUAUAGGGCCAAAAAGAUUGGAGAAGUGGUUUACCCAUACAUCUCCGUUUUGGAUAGAUGGCUCUUUGUGUUGUUGUUUGUUUAGUGUUUUCCAAUUUUCCCAGAAGUGGUUAGAGUCUAUGGAUUCUUUAAUUACAUUGAGCUGAUUUCUGACAUGCUGUUCCUUCUUUUUCCAUAGUGUAUUUCUGUAUUGUUUUAGUGAUUCACCAUAGUGAAGGCGUAGGCUCAGGUUUUCUGGGUCUCUAUGUUUUUGGUUGGAUAGGUUUCUCAAUUUCUUUCUUAGGUUUUUGCAUUCUUCACCAAACCAUUUAUCACUGUUGUUACUUUUCUUCAGUUUUCUGUUAGAGAUUUUUAGAUUUGAUAGGGAAGCUGAGAGGUCAAAUAUACUGUUUAGGUUUUCUACUGCCAAGUUUACACCUUCACUAUUACAGUGGAGCGUUUUGUCCAGGAAGUUGUCUAGAAUGGAUUGAAUUUGUUGUUGCCUAAUUGUUUUUUGGUAGGUUUCAACACUACAUUCCUUCCAUAUAUAGCAUUUCUUAAUAUUAUUCAGUUCCUUUGACUUUGAUGCCUCAUGAUUGAGUAUUGCUCUGUUCAAGUAGACUAUGAUUUUGCUGUGGUCUGACAGGGGUGUCAGUGGGCUGACUGUGAACGCUCUUAGAGACUCUGGGUUGAGGUCAGUGAUAAAGUAGUCUACAGUGCUACUGCCAAGAGAUGAGCUAUAGGUGUACCUACCAUAGGAGUCCCCUCGAAGCCUACCAUUGACUAUGUACAUACCCAGUGUGCGACAGAGCUGCAGGAGUUGUGACCCGUUUUUGUUGGUUAUGUUGUCGUAGUUGUGCCUAGGGGGGCAUAUGGGGGAGGGAAUGCUGUCACCUCCAGGUAGGUGUUUGUCCCCCUGUGUGCUGAGGGUGUCAGGUUAUUGUCCAGUUCUGGCAUUUAGGUCGCCACAGACUAGUACAUGUCCCUGGGUCUGGAAAUGAUUGAUUUCCCCCUCCAGGAUGGAGAAGCUGUCUUCAUUAAAGUAUGGGGAUUCUAGUGGGGGGAUAUAGGUAGCACACAGGAGGAAAUUUUUCUAUGUUGAGAUAAUUUCCUUUUGAAUUUCUAACCAAAUGUAAAAUGUUCCUGUUUUGAUUAAUUUAAUAGAGUGAGUUAGGUCUGCUCUAUAUCAAAUUAGCAUACCCCCUGAGUCCCUUCCCUGUUUCACACCUGGUAGUUUGGUGGAUGGGACUACCAGCUCUCUGUAACCUAGAGGGCAACCAGUGGGUCCGUCUCCUCUAUACCAUGUUUCUUGUAGGAUGACAAUGUCUGUAUUUCCGAUUUCUUUGGUGAAGUCCAGAUUCCUGCUCUUUAGGUCAAAGGCAGAUGACCUCAGGCCUUGGAUAUUCCAGGAUGAAAUAGUGAAGGCUUUGUGUUCCAUAAAGUGUCUAAUGUUGUUGGUUGUGUGGUUUGGCCUCUGGCCAGUAAUUGUGAGCAGAGCCUGCUGAGCAUCUGGUACAUGCCAUUGACUUGGGCUAGUGUAAGAGUGGGUGUUGGGCCUGUUUGCCUGCUCACGGCCUGGGCGUAUGUGUGACUUUCAUGUUGAGGCCCUCUUUGUGGGAGUGGGGGGCUUGGGGUGGGUAGGAGGGGCAUAGGUCUGAUCUGAGGGGGCCUAAAUGGGGUGUGGGCAUGGUUGACUUGGGGGGGAGUUAAUUGGUGGGGGUGGGGGUGUAGAUGUGGCUAAUGGUGCUGUGGUCUGGAUGUAGGUCCUCUCUGUGGGGGUCCUCUAUGUGUAGGUCCUGGGGUGGGUCCCGCAGGUCUGGGAGAGUGUCUCGCUGGUCUGGGCGGGGUGUCUGUUGAUCUGUUGUUCCUGUGUGAGGUGUUGGGUCUGCGGUUGAGGGCGAUAUCCUUUAGGGUCCGGGCGAAGGUGUGCACUGCUGCCUUGUAUAGGUGGACCUGGUCAUAAAGGCUGUUCACGUCCAGGGUGGAGUGGUGGGCCAGGUAGACAUUUGGUUUUGAUGCACAGUCACGGUAAAUUAUUGCGUUUACCUGCUGUAUGGUAGCAGGGUGGAAGUCUUUUCGUGGUAACAGGGUUGAGAUAACCACUUGUGCGUUGGGGAAAGUAGAAGAAGCUUUUUCUAUCACUCCCUUGAGUGCUGUGGCCACCCUUUCCUGCUGUGUUCUCAUGUCGUUUGUGCCUGUGUGUAUCAUUAUGUGGCUGGGUGAUCCUAGUCGGUCCUCAGACAGAAGGUCUAGGGCGCGCUGGGUGUUUGGACACCAGAGUUUAGACACUGUGUGUUUUGGAAAAAGUUUAUUUUCUUGUAUGUAUUUCUCGUUUGAGUCCAUAAGGAGUACAAUCUGUUGCUUGUGUAUGUCCUCAGUGUGUGUUGGGGGGUCAUCAUGAGGGCUAUCAGGGUGUCUGACAAGGGGGUUGCUCAGAGGGGUCCCCAGGGCUUGGGGUUCUUCAUUUGUUUGUCUGGCUGUGAUGUAGAGGCUAUGGUCAGGGUCUAGGGUGUACUGUUCUGCUGCGGUGUCGAGACUUUGUCCAGGAUCUGAGGUGGGCUGUUCUGCUGGCUUCUCUGCGGGGGUGGCCAGCUCUCUAAUGGGUUGUUUUAUGUCACCCGUCAUCGUUCUCCCCUUCUCCUCCAGCACUCUGGUCCUCUCCUCUAGUGCUCUGUUCUUCUCCUGCUCCUGCUCCUUCUCUUUCUCCUGUUGAUGUUGUCUCACCACAGUCCAGAGUGCAGACAUGUCUCUCUCUACCUCCAGCUCUCCAGGUCUAGUUAAGGGGGUGUUGUUGUGCUGGACUGUUGUAUGGGUCUGUGCUGACUGGAGUGUGUUCACCUGCUGUUCCAGCUCCACCUGCCUUACCUCCAGCUGGGUGAAUUUAUCCUUCAUUUCAAUGAGGGAGUAGUACUCUGUGCUGGGAAGUUGACUUUCUGCUUGGGGUUGCUCUGUGGGGUGAUUUAAUGAAGAGGUCUGGUCUGACCCGCUCGGGGUUGGGGUAUCUUUCUCAAGGGAGAGCUUCUCCUGCUGAGCUAUUUCUUUGAUUAGGUGAAAGUCCAGCUGGAACUGUUUGGUGCUGCCUUGAACCAAAACGGUUCCAGAUUUAUAGUGAUUAAUAUUAGACGACUCAGAGUCCUCGUUGUCCAGUAUCCUGAGUUUCCACCCAUCGCUAAUACCCCCCCUCUUAACAGAGGGGUAGUGUGCUAGUAUAGCACUGUGCCAUGCCAGGGGAUGGUCUGUGUUGGAGAUAAGAUUGCUUAUGUUCCCAUUUUUAUAAAAAUCAGCAAAAAGUGUCUCCUGAAUCCCCAAAAGGAGUUUCAUUUUGUACUCUUUUCGUGUCUUUUUUACAUUCAGAGGGUACUGUAUUUUAAUGACCUCUGAACAGCGGGGGGGGGGGGGGGGGGGGGGGGGGGGGGGGGGGGGGGGGGGGGGGGGGGGGGGGGGGGGGGGUGCUUCUAAGGCCUCUCCAUUUGGUUGGGGUAGACUGUGCGACUCUCCUGCCAUUGUUGGGCUCAAUAGCUUCAUACUAAACAUUACUCACUCAGUUCCAGGUUGGAUGGUGUUUUCAGGUUUAUGUUUGUUUGCCAGAGCAUUUGCUGUAUAGUUUGGGAAUAGUAAUCCUUGGUAGUAGAAAGCCUUCCAGGUAAUUCCGUCCAAAAUCAGGUUGUAGGUUUGGAGUUUUGGUUUGGAAUGAAGGUUAUGUUGUGGAGGGUAGCAUCCUGUAUAUGUCCCUGCCAAAAAAAAUCCUACUUUAUCUAACACUAAAUCUAUAUUUUUUGUUAAAAAUGCUGUCUUUCUCUCUCUCUCCUCUCUCUCUCUCUCUCUCUCUCUCUCUCUCUCUCUCUUUCUCUCCCGCCCUCUCUCUCUCCCCUCUUGCUCUCUCUCUCUCUUCCUCUCUCUCUCCACCCCUCUGUCUCUCUCUCCCUCUUUUUAUUUCUCUUGUACCCAUCAUCGCAUCUGUUCUUUAGUAGUUUGGAUGUUGUUCUCAAGGACCUCUGGCUGUUCUGGCUCUACUGUUUGACAAUAUUUAUUCUAGCUCUCCCCAAGCAUAAAAUACAUUGAUUCUGUCUCUGAAAUGGCUUCUGCCCAGCACAACACUUUAAAACCUCUUCCCUGUCAUUUUUGUUCCAGCCCAGCACUAACACACCUCAAGGGCUCUGUGAUUAGUGAACUAGUUGAAUCAGGUGUGUUAGUCCUGGUCUAGAAUAACAAUAUGCAGUUUAUUCAUUUCAAAUCAUUUUUAUUUUAUUAUAUUUAUAGUCCACUCAGUAACUUGACGUAUGACACUGCUGCAAUGCAGACACUACUGUAUGAGACUGCCUUGUUGCUCACAUCAGACAGCAUCUAAGGCCCUUGUCAGAAUGAUAUUAUAUAACCUAGGGAGAGGAAUCACGACGCCUGAGCUACAACAUUCACUAGACUAAACCAUUUCCAAAGCUUGCCCUGUGGACAACUUCACAGUCAUGUCUGUGUGUCAACAUACAGAGGCAAUUAAUAUGCUAUAGUCAUAUAAUAUAAUGUAUUAUACUUUAUAGUAUAGACUAUAACCAUCAGCUGUAUCCAACAUUUAGAUUUAUGUUCCAACGUUCAACUUUUGAGAGACUGAGUCUUCUAUAUGGCCAGCAUAUCAAAGAUAAACAUGUAUUUAUCUGAGGCAGUUUGUGUUUGUUUACAAAUAGGCCUAGCUGUCGCUUUAUUUUGACCAGUUCCAAGAGAGAGCUUUUUUAUCCAAUCAAAGCUUGCAAUGUUAGACGGUCUGGUCUACAGGACCAAUAAGAUGUGACGUUAUUCAUCCUGGAUAAAUGAAUGGCCGUACACCUGUGCCGUACACCAGUGGUUAGCUGGAUACACCAGUGGUUAGCUGGGUAUACCUGUGGUUAGCUGGGUACACCUGUGGUUAGCUGGGUCUCCCCAGGGUGUAUUUUGGUUGUCCAUCUGCUCCAGGUCAGAAUUGAGUCAGAGCCAACUGAUAUACUAGUAGGGUUGUGAUGAUUGCGAUAUUGUUUCCAUGGCAAAAAUGAAAACACAAAGCAGACCAGACUGUUUGGUCCUUUAAAAAUCUGCUGUUUGUAAAAUAUUGUGUUCUAAAGCUUGGAAAAUAAAUACAUGUGACUCCGGAUGACAACAUAAUGAUGUUUGUUUCCAACAUUAGGGCAGUUUUCCUAAAGAAGUCAAAUUGGCUUAGUGUUUUGUUUCCUUGCCACGAUAUUAAGAAGUAUCGCAAUACUGGAAUCGUCCUAGCCCUAUAUACUAACCCUCUACACACACACACACACACACACACACACACACACACACACACACACACACACACACACACACACACACACACCAUGAUCUGUGUGUCACACCUGUGGUCACAUUGCCCCACCUGUUUCCUCUGCCCUCAAUGGUCUGCUCACUGUCUGUGUUAUUUUGGCUGGACACACACACACCUCUAUCUCUUGUCUCUGUGUGGUGUUUCCUGUAGUCUCCUUAUUAUUCCAGGCUGGUGCCCACGCUGCCUCCCACACUGUGAGCCUGCUUCACAUAUGAACAGGAAUGUCUUUCUACUGGCUCUCACACACACGCAAACACACACACACACACACACACACACACACACACACCACACACACACACACACACACACACACACACACACACACACACACACACACACACACACACACACACACACACACACGCACACACACACAUAUACAUACAUACAUACAUACAGAGAUGCCCACAGAUUGACACACACAGAUAAAGAAAUGCACACAUAAAGAGAUACACACAAACACAAUCACACACAGACAAAUGGUACGCAUCAAUACUGUACACAGACACACACAUACAGAGAUACACAAACACAACAAAAUACACAAACACAAAAUGACAAAACGACAACACACACACAUACACACACACACAGCCUUGCGCAGUGUUAAUGUAAGAAUACCACUCUCUCUCUCGUGCUCUUUUCUCUCUCUCAUCUCUCUUCUCAUCUCUCUCUCUCUCUCUCUCUCUCUUCUCUCUCUAUCUCUCUCUCUCUAUAUAUCCUCUCUAUCUCUCUCUUCUCUUCCUCUCUUCCCCCUUUUCUUUCUCCUAGCCUUUUGUAAUCCCCCCAUCCACCAAAAAAUUCUGAUACAGAGAGUUCCUGUUGUGGUUUUUUGGGGGUUUUGUGUGUGUUUUUUGUCCCUCUAGGGGUGUUUUGGGGGUGUCCCCCUUUUGUGUGGUUUGUGUAUCUGGUUCUGUCGUGUUUUCGUUUGUAUAAAAUACCGUCCUCUCAUCCCAUCAUUUUCCCCGGGGGGACAGAAAUGGGCAAAAAAAUACCCCCGAGCUCGGCCCAAAAAGGGGGUUUUUCUGGCCCCUGGGAAAAAUCCUUUUUUUUUGAGGAGCAAAAGGGGGGGGGAACAAGGAGAAAAAGGGAAAAGGGGAAGGAAGAGAGAGAGAGGAGAAGGGAAAGGGGGAAAGCGAGAAAGGAGAAAAGGGGGAAGGAGGGAAAGGGAGAGAGGGGGGGAAGAGAGAGAGAGAGAGAAGGAGGGAGGAGAGAGAGGGAAGAGAGAAGGGGGGGAAAAGAGCGAGAGAGAGAGAGAGGAGGAGAGGAGAGGAGAGAGGAGUGCGAGAGAGAAAGGGACAGAGAGAAGGGGAAAGAGCGAGAGAGAGAGCGAGAGAGAGAGAGAGAGGGGAGAGCGAGAGAGAGCAGAGAGGAUAGAGAGAGAGAGAGAGGAAGAGAGAGAGAGAGAAAGAAGGCCAGAGCGAAAGGGAUAAGAAGAGAGAGAGAGGAGAGAGAGAGAGAGAGGAGAGAGAGAGAGAGAGAGAGCCGAAAGGGACGAGAGAGAGAGAGAGCAGGAGAGAGCGGAGACUAGAGAGCGAAAGAGCUAGCGAGCGCGAGAUAGCUCACGUGCCUCGAGCAAGUUCCUCGAUACGAACGAUCUCCGCGAUAGCUCUCUCGAUCUCUAUCUCUAUACUAUGAGAUCUUCUUCUCUCUCUCUUUCUCAUCCUCACUUUCCCUCUCUCACUUUCCCUCUCUCUCUCUCUCUCUCUCUAAUCUUUUGUAAAGGACGGUAUUUUGUAGACCAUGGAGGUGUGUGUGCCUUAGGAAGAGAGAAAAGUUUAGCAUAUACACCCAAUAAAGUAUGUGUGACUAUGUGUCGGUUUUAGGGAGGCCUGGUGAAUGUAGUUGUGUAAUUGUGUGUUUCAGCAAAAGGGAGGCUGUAUGUGCUUACGUUUGUGAACGCUCUGUGUGUGUAUUGAAUAGCUAAUUUUACAUUUUAGUCAUUUAGCAGACGCUCUUAUCCCGAGCUACUUACAGUUAGUGAGUGCAUACAUUAUUUAUUUUUUUCAUACCCCCCCGUGGGAAACGAACCCACAACCCUGGCGUUGCAAACGCCAUGCUCUACCAACUGAGCUACAUCCCUGCCGGCCAUUCCCUCCCCUACCCUGGACCAAUUGUGCGCCGCCCCAUGGGUCUCCCGGUCACGGCCGGCUACGACAGAGCCUGGAUUCGAACCAGGAUCUCUAGUGGCACAGCUAGCACUGCGAUGCAAUGCCUUAGACCACUGCACCAUACAGGGAGAAGCAAUUUCGAAUGCAAUAAUAUUCCCUUUCCCACAGACCAAUACUAUGUAGUGUGAAACGUAAAAUGGCCGACUUCAAAUGGAAGCUGCCUGAACAUCAUAUGUAGUUUGUACUGUCUAUUUGGGGUUUUCCUCUGUGUGACAUAUGGGGGUAGCAGACCUCCAGGGCCCUAGUCGGUACAGCUCCCCGUUAUACAGACCUAUUACUGGGUCAUGAUUCUCCAUUAUCCACAGCACAUUUACGAGGGCUUGGAGGCUUAG